GACUGCGCCACGUAGGCGCAGAGCAGAGCUGGCUUAUCUCACAGCCACCCGCACGACGGCGAACGGAGCAGCGUCCAGCGCGGAGCUGCGGGAGGGCAGAAAGGCCCAGCCCGGCCGGCGGGCAGGAUGAGUGCGCUGGGAGCGAGCCCUGCGAUGAUGCUGCAUCUCGCUCAGGCUUCUCCCAGCAGCUGAGGCGCAGUCAGGUGGGGAUUUGACUUAAUCCUGUCUUAAAGACUUAUUGUAAACUGCCCGGAUUUCCAAAUGUGUACGUGUACAUAUAACCCACUUUGAAUAACAUGUCAGUUUAAGCGUGCUCUGCUCCAGGGCUGGUUUGUCCCCCAUUCCCAGGCACCCAAAAGCCCCCAGACUGAAGCUGGCGGUGGGAGUGGUUCUGCCUGGCCACCCCAGUUCUCCUGCUCCACAAACACAGACUUUCUGAACCCCCAAAAGUGCCCCAGUUCAGGUGCUGCCUCGGGACACGACACUGCCAAGAUUUAUGGAAGGCAAAUGACAAUUUCAGUUUCAAAAAGCAGGGUAAUACAGCUGCACUAGAGAAGCUGGGAUGGGGGAGUGCCGUCGGCGGAGAAAAUCUAAAUAUAACUGUGGAAGAGCAUUCCACUCCAAUUAAUUAUCAGCAGUGAAAUAACAUUUUUAAAAGAGAAAGGAAAAUAUUGUGCUGAGCUAAGAAAAAAGAGGGAGGUCUGCCAGUCCUGGAGUGUGUUUAUCCUGGGUAUUGUUGAAGCUCUUAGUGCUAAAUUACUGACAGAGCCCAGCUGUUCCCGAAUCUCAGCCCUCUGCUCCGCUCGGGCCAAUAGACUCUGCUCUUGUCUGCACCCAAAAAAGGACCGCGCUUCCCUCGGCGGCCGUGCCUGACGUGGCCGGCUCCGCAGACGUCAGCAGCACCGGCUCCUCAGCAGGAAGCUGGCGAGAGCUUCUCAAAAACAUGUGACGUCGGGGACGGCCGCGCCACCCCGAACCCUGCGCGGCAGAGCGGGCGCGACGAGCAGAGCCGCGCUUCCAAACAAGGCGAGCCGGCCUGCCGCGCCUCGGCGACAAAACCGGGCGCCGGGCUCCGCAACCGGGGGUUGUGGUGCUGCAGUGGGCACCGGUGGAUCUGAAAGUCUUUAUAGAGGCUGGCAUGGCAACAAAGGGCUGCUGGGGAGAGGCACACACGUGGAUGCUUGGAAGGAUCCUGGGAAGGCAGAGAGGCACAGAGAGCACCACAGGUCCAUGCAGGGGUGGCUCCGUCCCAACCACAGGUGGGACAGGGUGAAUUCAUUUCUCUGUGGGUAAAAUAGUCAGAAAACUGAAGUGAAGCCCCUCCACACCCCCCCUCGCCGUGUCUGAUCGACGAGGAGAAAUUAUUGUUGUUGCAAGAGACUAUCACCCAGAUGCUUCUGUCCCACUCCCUCCUCCACCCCAAACCCCCCUGGCAGCCUCUCCAGGCUCCCUCUGCCCCAGAGCAGCCCCAGGAAAGUCCCUCCCCAUGCUGAGAUACGAACACCAGAUUAACCAGGACAAUGCCCUCCUCUGACUUCCCUGCUCCCACGCAGAGCUGCGCAGAGCCCCGUGCUCCCCUCCCUGCAGCGGGGCCCUGAGUGCAGUGAGUCAUUGGGAGCUUCUUUGAUGAACUUCACUUUUACUGCUUUCAAGUUCGCCACAGUCCUCAGCCUACCUGGCUCUUCUCUCAUGUCGGCAAUAUUCAGAAUGAUUUGAUGAUUCUGCUUCGAGUGACACCAGCCAGCAGAGACUGGGGCUUGUGAAAUGCGGUCUGGCUUCAGACAGGGCCGAGCAGGGCGAAGGAGAAGCUGCAGCUCUCCCAAGCUGCUCUGAACGAACUUUAUACAAGCAGCAACUCGCCAGCCAGCACAGAGGUGUCCCUGCUGCCCGCUGGACCCGGGCUCAGAACCACGGUGUGCACGUCCCCGCCGGGUACACCCUGCGUACACCCUCCCUGCAUGCACCCUCACUGCUCAGAAAGGUCUGUAGGCAAGGCUUCACCCCUCUGUUGGCACUGAUUGCUGUGAGGGGAAUGGGAUCUCGUUCUCUGUGCCAGCCCUGAGAUGGAAACCUUGACUGGGGAAACAAGAAGAUGCUCUGCGAGAUAAAACCCAUUCCAGCAAGAUUUUGAAACAGAACUGCUCUUUAAAAACAAGGACAGUAACUGAUGAAGCUUGGGGACACAGAUAAGGUCUCUGCUGAACCAGGGGGGGUCACACCAACCCCUGAGCUAUUUUAGGCGUUUGAGGUUAAAGAGCAUCUCGAGCCGCUGCUUCAGUGGUGAAUGUUUUAUUUAAAGGCUAUUUGGUUGCUAGAACUUCUAGGGCCACAAAUGCUAUUGAAUUAUUUUAAAAACCUUCACUAUGCUAGUGAGAGCAUUCACAGACGUAAGCGAGAGGACCACGUACCCUUUUGGGGGCGUGUGACGGUCCACGUACAUGUUUAGACCCCUGUAUUUUUCUGGUUCGACGGCCGCGAGGCGGCUGGAGGCGCGGGGUCAGCUCCUCCCGGCGCGCAGACACUCGCCUGGGUUGUCUCAGCAACAGUUGCUUCAAUACUCUCUUGUUAUAUCCUGUAAAUGUUUAAUGGGAAGCUUAUCUCUCUUACCUAUACAGAUGGCUCAGGUUACUGAGCUUGUGAACAAGGAUUAAUUGGCAAUGGGCAGAUGUCAGCUAACCAGGAAAGGAGCUUAGUCAGUAAUUAGAUGAGCUGGGAUGCUGCUGUGGGGGCAGAGCCUCCUCUGAAGGGUUCCGAGGAAAAAGGACAAGCCCAAAGGAAGUUCCCGUAGCCCUGCUCUAAGUUAUCGCUCCCAUCUGGGCCCCACGGGCGCGGGAUGCGGACAGUGCCCGGCUCGACGCGCUGCGCUGCGGGAUGGACCAGCACCCAGCGCCCUCAGCUGCAACCCAGGGCAGCUGGUUCUUGCCUCACAGAUAAUGGGGAUUGUCGGGGUGAGAUGGAUGGGGAAAACCGGUCACGUUGCAGGGAGCAGCCUGCCGGAACCUGCCGCUGGGGUCCUCUCUGUAAGGAGUUCAAGAUCUGCAUGCCUGCUGCUGAUAUUUUUCUAAAUAAUAGAUUAUAAUAGUUUAGACUCUAAUGUGCAUUAUCAAUCUCAAGUGGGGUUUUGAAGAUUACAUACUUUAAUAAAUCCAAUUUUGAAAAGAUCAGACUAUAAAAACGUGCAUGUGACAAAAGGUGCAUAAAAACAGACGAAGAAAAAUCCAGAGCAGCUGAAACAAAGCAUUCUUCACGUGAUACUUCCUUAUUAGCUGAAAUGACAGCCCUGUGCAUGUUUGUUCAUGCACAUACAGCCUUUCUGCAGUAUGUUUUGCCCACCUGCACACACCUGCACUUGGGCACAGAUGUUUAUGUGCAAGGCAGCAGUCUGUGAAUCUAUAUCCUAUGCACACAUGCCCCCUUCCGAAGGCCUGUCCUCAUGUCCUCACUUGCCAACGGGCCAGGAAAUAGUUCUUGGGGCUAACACUUGGAUACCAGGGCAGGUGGAAGGAUCUGCCGCCCGUCCCUCGGCACCGAGAGCACCAUUCUCACCGGGGAGCGGCUGAGCGCGCCGCCUCAGUCCUGAUCACCAGGGAAUAUUCGUAGGAUGCCUGCAGUGCAGAGUCAAGGUUUAUUUGAGGAACAGGAUGGCCAGAAAUCAAGUUCGAGUGUUUCACAACAUCAGAGAAGCUUGAGAUUUGUUUACGGCACCUAAUUAUAGCAGUUUAGUGCCAACAGAGAAUAAGGAAAGAUGAAAGAUGUGCUGUAAGGGAAGAAUAUGCAAUGGCUGAUUGCAGUACUGCAUCAAAUUCCUCAUGAAAAGAACUCUGCUAAAUCCUUAUAAAAUAUACCUGGGGACAGAAGGCGAAUAAACGAUGACGCUCUGUGGAAGCAGCCAGGGAAAUGGCUGCAGCAUUUCGUAAUCAGCGUGAGUCACGGAUGAUAUUUCUGGGAAUGUACAUGCAGAAGGCAAGAAUUUCCCCGGGGGGCAGGGAAUGGUUGGUAUCUGAAAAUCAGCAGUUCUUUAGUUCCACUCAAUGAGCUGUGGAGGGAAGGGAAAUCAAAUGGAAGAUGUGUGAAGCAGAACAGAUCCAGCCUUUGCAACAAGGAGUUAGCACUGGGGAAAACAGGCUUUAAACCAGAGAUCUUUAAACAAAUGUGCCGGUGUCAUAACAAUCAGAGAGAUCUGAGUCCCUCCUGGCUGUCCUGUACAGGAAAAGUGCCCUGAACGCCGGUCUGCACCAAGUCCCAGCCCAAGACCUACGAGAUGUGAUUGUCUUCUGGAGGAGGAAAUCCGGGGAGCUUUAAAGCUCCUCAUUUCUUGCUGUGAGUCUGAGCAGGAACAGAUGGCAGACACCCCCCGCGCAGCCCGCGCUCCUGCACAGAGCACGUCACGCCGCAGGUCGCGGUGCCGGCUCCGCAGCCUGGGCUGCACGCAGGACGGUCCUCCCGGCAGCAGCAACAUGAGCCUUUCGGCUACACCAAACAACCUGUUUAGGAGAACAAAAGGGAUUUGGAGCAGGACAGCUCCCAAAUCGCUCUCCAAGCUCUCAGCAGGGCAGCAGACGCCAGACCCACAGGCUCCAGCUGUCUCCUCUUUGCGCAGAUAUUAUUACACCGGCCACCAGCAGCUCCAUGUGCGCACAGUGAAGGACACGUCUGAGCGUUACAUGACUUGGAGGUAGCACAGAUCCUUUUUCAGGACUCCAUUUACAGGCAUCGGGUUAUAGCGGCAGUAACUUAUGCGUACACGUACCCAGCUGGAUGCGGAGCCAGAUAUUCACAUGUGUGGCCACUGGCUCUGCAGCCAUAUUUCCUUAAUUCUCUGUCAGAUUCCUGAAGUGAAGAGAGUGGGACAAUUUCCCAAGCAGCUCAGCAGCCCCCAAGGACAGCUCAGCCAUUAAAAGCUGUUAAGCCAUUGAGAGACCAGCAAUAUCACCAAAGCUCUUGAUAGGAGAGCUGGAAAACCACUCACUGUAUCGACAGGGCUGGGAAGAGCAAGCAACAUUGACACCUACUGUUGGAUAUUUUAAUUGCUGAUAGCACCCAGCCGCUGACUCCAAGAUCCUUGUAAAGCCAGAGGAAGAUGCUCUCAUUAGUUAAAACACCACCUAUGCAAGUCCAACCAACAGGAGCAACUUCUACAGCUGCGUUAAUGGUGAAACCUUGGUGCAGAGCUGCCAGGACGGUCUCGUGUUUGACACCAGCUGCUCCUGCUGCAGCUGGCCGUGAAGACACCCAUCCUACUACAGCAAACAGACCCCCCUGAUCUAAUUACACGGAAUAAGAUUUAUUAAAUAAAGUGUGCUGCAAAAGCAGCAAUCCUCAGUGUUUCAGCUCAUCUCACUCUUAAUAUUUGAUGCUCCCUCAUUCUCUCAUGGCACUUACACUUGCGCUCAGGGAAGGGCCUGAAUCCACAAGCUGGACUUAAUUCCAAUAUAGCAUUUUCCAGGGGUUUUUUGCAGCUGCACCAUGGCAGCGAGACAGGGAAAAAGAGAGCAGACAACGCGCAGAGCAGGCUGUGUCACAAGGGAGAUCACACAGAAGGGUCCUGACAGCCCAACCCAUAGCUUGCUCCCCCGGAGACCUCUCCCCACUGACCCAGGGGGUGCAAACAGCAGCUCCUCAGAGUAGGACCCAGCACAGCACGAUCCAGGGCUUUACUAAUCCUCCUCUUUUCCCGCACCCCGAGGUGCCGCCACCACCAGCGUUCCCUCCAGCAGCCUCUGCUCCGCGUCUAUGGCAACUGCAGAACACGCACAGUGACCGUGGCAGGGCAGCAUGGCCUGGGAGCCCAGAGAUGCACAAAAGCGGAUCUCGUUCGGGUCAUGCCAAGAACGGAAAAUCUUCCCUGCCCACCAGGCCUCGGACAGGCUGGGGAUCCAGCUGACAGCCGCUGGGGGGAACCCUUCGCUGGGGCCAGGCUGCUACCUCAGCCAAGAGAAAAGCAGCCUCAGAUACUCUUUGGGAAACAGACCACUGAGCAACAAAGGCUACGUGAUCGGAGCGAGAACGGCCCAGCGCUUCCUGCCGCAGCCCCAGCCUGUGAGUCCCGGCCCAGCAACGUACCAGCCAUUCGGGAAGAAAAGCUGCCAGCCUGCCCACGCUCCAUUUUCUGCUAAGACACCACGAUUUCCAGACAAGCCUUCAGAUAAAGAACUUAUCCCUGGACCUGGAACUUACGAAGCAGAAAAGCAACUACACAAGAAACUCACUUGGCCAAUGAAGUUUGGGUCUCCAGACUGGUCUUUAGUGCCAAUGCCAGCAACAAGGAUGCUGAAAACGGAGGUACAGAAGUUGUCUUUCAGCUGAGCUUAGACAGAGAAUGGAGGAGACAGCGGGACCGAGCGGCCUACCUGAGCCUGUACUUCAACUGAGGAGCCGGGGCCGCCUGGCCCCUCCGGCCAGCCCUGGAGUCGCCUGCACCGCUCAGCCUCUCCAAAUAAAACCAUCAUGAAAGAGC